AAACCGGUGGGGUUCGUUCAACCGAUUUGUGAUGAACCAGAUGAAAACGAGACGAGCUCCGCCCGGUCGAUGGUGCUGAAACAGUCGCGUCAUUCCGAAAUGUCAUCUGUCAUCAAGAGUCGCCUGAAACUCUACCGUGAAAACUCUAGCGACACGCCCACGACGGCUCCCAAAAAGGUUGAUCCUCGUGCGGAGAUUAUGCUUGCACGACAGCUUUCUCAGGUGUCUUGUGAUGACACGGACAAUACCACUGUG